UUAAAAACGGUAAAAUUUUACAUAAAAAACAUGGGAAUUUUUGUAUUCUCUGCUUACAUUUUUAUGUUGACCAUAACUCUGGCCACUCUUGUUGGCCUCUACAGUUGGAUGUCUUAUUGGCUGGACAGUAUUGUCAUAAACAGAGGACCAGUAAACACAAACUACUACUUAGGAGUGUUUGGAGGUCUCACUGCAGUAUUCGCUGCUGCAAUAUAUACGCGGUCUAGCAUUUUGUUUUAUGGAACUACGAGAGCAUCGACUAGAAUCCACGAUUCUCUGUUUGGUUCUUUGAUGAAGGCACCAAUUUCAUAUUUUGAAAAAACUCCGAUUGGAAGGAUUCUGAAUCGCUUUAUCACCGACAUAUUGAGAUUAGACAUUACAAUGCCUCAACAAUUCUCUGGAAUUGGUGGAACUUUUGUGGCACUGUUGGCUACUUUUAUCUACAUUAUCAAAGCCAACUUCUAUUCGUGUAUUCCAGUUAUUUUUGUGGUAAUCUUUGCUUUCUUCGUCGCGAAAUACUAUACAAUCAUCGCUCGCCAGUCUAUGAAUUUAGAGUUAACAAACAAGUCUAAAUUGGUUACAAACUAUAUGGAGGCUAUCUCUGGAGGAACCUGCAUUCGAAUUGGAGGAUUGGAAAAUCAGUUUAUUAACACUUUUGAACGUAAUAUGGAUAAAUUUCUUAUCAAAAGUGUUCUUCGAGUUAUAACAACAUUGUUUUUUUCUACUUUAAUCUUUAGUUGGCUGCUCGUUACAAUCCAGUGGAUUUCGACAAGCUUGAUACUCAUUUCAGCCCUUUCUGGAGUCAUUGGCAGGAAUAGCUCAGUUGCAUCGGAAAUUGGAGUUUCCCUAAACUUUUCUAUUUCGGACAGUUAUUUGAUUACGGGAACUCUUAGAUAUAAUCUAAAUCCCUUUGGCUACUAUUCAGAUGAUGAAAUUUGGGACGUUAUAAACACCUGUGGUUCCAAACAAUUGGUUGCGUUGGCAAGAGCGCUUCUGAGAAAACCGAAAAUUUUAAUUUUGGACGAAGCAACAGCUUCAAUUGACGCUGCCACUGAUAAUAUCAUACAAAUGGCAAUUCGAGAGCAAUUUAAAAACUGUACUGUUAUUACAAUCGCCCACCGAAUUCACACCAUUCUGGACUACGACAGGUUGACUUAUAUUGAUUAUUUUGUCACAGAGUGA